AUGGCCUCGCAAACACCUCGUCUCUCUCUCUCUCUCAGCUACCCGCCUUUUUACGACGAGAGUUCGUUUGGGAUAUAUGAGAAGGUGCUGGGUGGCAAGGUGACCUAUCUGCCGCACUUUGAUCCCAACUGCAAAGACUUUAUUAAGAAACUUCUGACCGCCGACCGGACCAAACGUUUGGGGUCGCUCAGAAACGAUACGAUGGACGUUAAACGCCAUCGCUGGUUUAAAGGCAUCAACUGGGAGACGGCUUUAUUGGGGGAUUUACCGCCACCAAUUGUUCCCGAUGUCCAAGGGUCCGACGACACCCGAAAUUUCGAUACCUACCCAGAAUUAACAGACGAGGAGGACAUCCCCUUGGAAGACCCGUUUAAAUCACUGUUCGAGGACUUUGACUGCGACACCAGCCUUUCCAGGAGGCCCUUCCCAAACUUAAGAUAGGGUACCCCAUAAAUAUGAGCUGCUCUUAAGGUUCUCCAGGAUACUCCGUGUGUCGCAUUUGAACCUUGUACGUGCUCGGUGGGUAUUUAUUGGGUUUAGGGUUUAUAAACCCCUAAAGUAUUAAUUGGACACCCAUUGCGUAACCUAGCAACGGCCGCGUUUCCGAGAUGAGCGCUGCGUUGCGAUUGGGUCACAUAGACACUUUGAGCGUACUGUUUUACCUACCAAGAGUGUUCUGCUGGCCAAUGGUUUACAGGUUUUUUUCCGAGACCCUUAAAACCUGAAAUUGGCAACCAGGAAUAAACUGGUUCAGUCUCUCAGUGCGCUCGAAUGAGAAUAAGCCCCCGGUAGGUUUCUAUAGACUAGGGCUUGUAUAUCUCGCUCUCUGUAGCUCCAUCCCAAUAACCUAUCAAUAGUUAAGUACAUGUACAUCCCGAUAAUCUAUCAAUAGUCAACUAUAGGCAUGAAGAUGGCCUCCUACACAUUGCGUUCAAGCAUGCCAGUGUCAUGCAGGUGUCAUGCAGGUGUCUGAAAGUGACUAUUGCCUUAGUCGCUUCGUUGGUUAGGGUGGGUACUGUAUUGCGGGCGAAAGUCGAUUGGAGCGCUUUCUAUAUCGGACCACCUAGUCUACUACAGUGCCCAAUCAGAAGGCUUUAUACUUGCCCGAGACCUUUUGGAAUUACUAAGCACGGGUAUUAGUUGCCAUGGCAACGGAGACCGACACAGCCGCAGCCAGUAUCCGAUCUGUCUGGGAAAGGUGUUGGGGAACGGACUUACACAUGUGGUCGAUUGGGUGUGUGCUUGUUCACAUACCUUCCAACAGGACUACCUUACCACAACGCUCUCGCAUUCGGGUUGGCCUGACACUCCUAAACCCUAAACCCUGAGCCCCCCAACAGCCUUGGGAUGCAAGACUUGAUGCGAGCUGCAGACAGACACACCCACACUCAGGAGACACACUACUGAGGAGCAGCACAUUUGCCUUCGCACGGCGCGUGCGUGGGUGUCACGACGGCCCUCUGCAGUCCGAAUGCACACAUUCAGGGCCAAGGUUGCCAUGGCAACGGCUUGUCGCGAUGAGCGGAUGAUAAGGUCGGCAUAGUUCGUACAAAUGGUGAGAGGGCGAGGCUUCUGCAUGCCACGUAGUGUAUAGCUCUGUUUGUUCGGUGGGCGUGUGCGUUGCACCGGCCAGUGAAUGUAUGGAUGUACUUCCACGAAGGCGUGUGUGUGUGUGUGUGGCCUGUGCUUGUCAUAUUAUAGUGUAAAGUGCAUCUCCCGCGAUUAAAAAAGUCAACCCCGGGACAUGCUCAGAAUGAGCUUAUACGUGCCAUGGCCGCAAUAGGGUUUAGGGUUCAAACCCCCUGAAUGGCAAAUGGCACACGUCUGCAGCCAGCAAUACACCACAUCCGGGCAUGCAUACAUACAUACACGUCGAUGUGUGGUAGGCCCGCUUAAAGACCCCUUCCCAGACUCAGUGGCCGUAGUGGUGGUGGUCGUCGUCGUAUUCGGAAGACAAUACAUGUGUGUAUUUGGUCAAACACUACGUAUGUGCUAGUUGCUUAGCAACCAGUGCGCACGGUCAGGGUCAGAGUCCUUCUGUAUGCACCAACCCUACAACCCUAGUCUAUGCGUCGAGAUGUGUAUGGAGCGUUCCUGCAUGGCUGGGGAAGGACUUGUACUUUGGGAAACGAAGAUUAGCAUUACUAAGAGGAUUGUGGCUACCUACAAAUGAGGUGUCGACAUAGGAAGGAUAUCAUUACUAUGGCGAUAGAGGCUGUACCUACAUACGAGGUGGUGCAGAUAGGCUGUGCGCGGGUCGUCUCGCAAGCGGUAGAGGUAGUCUAAAUAAACUAG